UUUUCCUAUAUAAAAUAACAACUUCCUUAGUGCUUAACGAACGUCAGAUCUCUUCCUUCUCUGUUUAUACAUAACUUUCUUUUUUUCCUCUGUCAAAAAUGGCUGAUCUGAAGAAGAAAUUUUUGGAUGUGUACUCUGUUCUUAAAUCUGAUCUGUUAGAAGACACAGCUUUUGAAUUUACAGAUGAUUCUCGUAAAUGGGUCGAAAAGAUGCUGGACUACAAUGUACCUGGAGGGAAGCUGAACCGAGGACUAUCUGUUAUUGACAGCCUUAGUUUGUUGAAAGAUGGAAAAGAAUUAACCGCUGAUGAAAUCUUUAAAGCAUCUGCUCUUGGCUGGUGCAUUGAAUGGCUUCAAGCAUACUUCCUUGUUCUUGAUGAUAUAAUGGAUGGAUCUCAUACGCGUCGAGGUCAACCAUGCUGGUACAACUUAGAAAAGGUUGGGAUGAUUGCUAUUAAUGAUGGCAUACUUCUUCGCAACCACAUCACCAGAAUUCUGAAGAAGUACUUCAGGCCAGAGUCUUAUUAUGUUGAUCUUCUAGAUUUGUUUAACGAGGUAGAGUUCCAGACUGCCUCUGGACAAAUGAUAGAUUUGAUCACAACACUUGUAGGAGAGAAAGAUUUAUCAAAGUACUCAUUGUCUAUUCAUCGCCGGAUUGUCCAGUAUAAAACUGCCUAUUAUUCAUUUUACCUCCCAGUGGCAUGUGCACUUCUUAUGGUAGGAGAGAAUCUUGACAAGCAUGUUGAUGUCAAGAAAAUUCUUAUUGACAUGGGAAUCUACUUUCAAGUUCAGGAUGAUUAUCUGGACUGCUAUGCUGACCCAGAGGUGCUGGGCAAGAUUGGCACUGAUAUUCAGGACUUUAAGUGCUCUUGGUUGGUAGUUAAAGCUCUAGAACUAUGCAACGAGGAGCAAAAGAAGAUAUUAUAUGAGAACUACGGAAAAGAUAACGCUGCUUGUAUUGCUAAAAUAAAGGCACUCUAUAAUGAUCUCAAACUUGAGGAAGUAUUUCUGGAAUACGAGAAGACGUCCUAUGAAAAAUUGACCACUUCUAUUGCAGCUCAUCCAAGCAAAGCAGUGCAGGGAGUGCUGCUAUCAUUCUUGGGAAAGAUUUAUAAGAGGCAGAAGUAGGAUAUAAAAUAAUGAUUGAACUUCAUUCUCCCAUUGGGAAUGAGAUGUCUGUAUUUCAUGCAUUUUUCUGCUUUUUUUCCUUCUAUUUUAGUUUGGAGUACUGAUGAUGAAUUGUUAUUUUUUUUUCAAGAAAUGGAAACUCUUAUCCUUUUUCACCUUUAAUAAACAGUAGAGAAGUCCAAUGAAAUCUUUCAGUAUUCUGCUU